UCUGCUAGCUGCGGCGUCCUGGGACACCCGCUUCCUAUUGCCCGGACUUUCUUCUGCAGUGCUCCUGGGUGGAUCCAGGCUGCUAACAUUUAGUAGGUUCACUUUUUGUGAGUUGUAAAAAACUACUAUGGAGGCUAAGGAUCCGAAGAAGCACAGAAAGAAAAACAGUGGACCCAAAGCUGAGAAGAAAAAAAAAAGACAUCUUCAGGAUCUUCAACUUGGAGAUGAAGAAGAUGCCCAAAAGAGAAACCCCAAAGCUUUUGCAGUUCAGUCUGCUCAGCGGAUGGCUCGAUCCUUUCACAGAACUCAGGAUUUGAAGACAAAAAAGCAUCACAUUCCAGUGGUUGACAGAACUCCACUAGAGCCCCCACCAAUAGUAGUGGUGGUGAUGGGGCCUCCAAAGGUUGGGAAGAGCACGUUGAUACAGUGCCUCAUUCGGAACUUCACCAGGCAGAAGCUGACUGAGAUCAGAGGUCCAGUCACAUUUGUGUCAGGUAAAAAGCGCAGACUUACCAUCGUUGAAUGUGGAUGUGACAUUAACAUGAUGAUUGACCUGGCCAAAGUCGCAGAUUUGGUUCUGAUGCUGAUAGAUGCCAGCUUUGGGUUUGAAAUGGAAACAUUUGAAUUUCUAAACAUCUGCCAAGUACAUGGGUUUCCUAAAAUUAUGGGAGUUCUUACCCACUUAGAUGCCUUCAAAUAUAAUAAGCAACUGAAGAAGACAAAGAAGCGAUUAAAACACAGAUUCUGGACAGAAGUUUACCCGGGUGCCAAACUAUUUUAUCUUUCUGGAAUGGUACAUGGAGAAUAUCAAAAUCAAGAAAUUCACAAUUUGGGCCGUUUUAUUACAGUUAUGAAGUUUAGGCCUCUCACAUGGCAAACUUCUCACCCUUAUAUCCUGGCAGACAGAAUGGAAGAUUUGACAAAUCCAGAAGAUAUUCGAACAAAUAUCAAGUGUGACCGAAAGGUGUCUCUUUAUGGUUAUUUACGAGGAGCACACUUGAAAAAUAAAAGCCAAAUUCACAUACCAGGCUUAGGGGAUUUUGCUGUGAGUGAUAUCAGUUUUCUUCAAGACCCCUGUGCCCUUCCUGAACAGCAAAAGAAGCGCUGUUUAACUGAGAAAGAGAAAUUGAUUUAUGCACCUUUCUCAGGUGUUGGUGGUGUGUUGUAUGACAAAGAUGCGGUCUAUGUUGAUCUUGGUGGCAGCCAUGUUUUUCAGGAACCGGAUGAAGUGAAGCCGACUCAUGAACUGGUCCAGAGUCUUAUUUCCACCCAUUCCACUAUCGAUGCCAAAAUGGCUUCAAGUAGAGUGACAUUAUUUUCUGAUUCCAAGCCAUUAGGGUCAGAGGACAUAGAAAAUCAACAAUUUGGUAUGCCAAAAGAGGAAAAGCACAUGGAUUUGAAAACUGGCCGCGUGCGACGGAAAGCCAUUUUUGGAGAUAAAGAUGAAGAGUCUGGUGAAAGUGAUGAUGAAGACGAAGAAGAAAUGUCUGAAUGUGAUGAAACAGAAGAGGAGGAGGAGGAUGAAAUAACUGACAGAGAGCAUGUGACUGUUAAAGUUAUCAAGCGGCAGAAACUUGAGGAGGUGGAAGAAGACAUUGUGGUAGAUUUGCCAGCAUUUGCCGAUAGUGAUGAUGACCUUCAUAGGAGCGCUGAGGAUGAAGAGGAAACCAGUGAAAGUAGUGAAGAGGAAUACACCACUGUGGAAACAGAGAGUGAUGUUCUAGAAUCAAGAGCUAUUGGAGAAAGUAGUAAAUCAGGAUUAUUAGAAGCUAAUGGCUUGAGUGACAAUUUGAAUCCAGAGAAAUCUUUGAUGUUGAAAAAAGCAAUCUUCACCACUUCAGAUUCAGGUCAUUACACAGCUGAAGAGGCAUUUGCAUCUGAAGAUGAAUCUGAAGAAAACUCUUUUCUCAGUUUAAAGGAAGAAGGUACAGAGGAUGAAGAUUUUAUUGGGGAAAAGCGUAUAAAGCCUUCUCAAAAGGACAGUGGUCAGAAACUUGGGCCAGAGAACUUAACUGAUGAGACCAGUGAGGUAGAAUAUUUAUUCAAAGAGGAAGACUACAAGGAAGAGAUAAACUCUUCCACAGAAACGUCAGGUACCCUAAAGUGGAAAGAAGAUCUUUCUAGGAAGGCAGCUGAGGCCUUUCUGAGACAGCAACAAGCAACUCCAAACCUUCGAAAGCUUAUUUAUGGGACAGUGACAGAAGAUAAUGAAGAUAAUGGCGACUUCAGAGAACUUGGAGGCUUGUUUCAUGUUAGCCAUCCUGACAGAGAGUGCAAGCACAAGGGUGACUCUCUGGACUGCUCUAAAUUUUUUGUGGAAGCACCCCACCAUUGGGAUUUGGAGGAGGUUAUGAACAGUAUCAGAGAUUGCUUCGUGACUGGGAAGUGGGAAGAGGAUAAAGAUGCUGCUAAGAUCUUAGCAGAAGAUGAGGAACUCUAUGGUGACUUUGAAGACCUUGAAACAGGGGACAUGCAUAAAGGAAAACCAGGUCCAGAAACUCAGAUUGAAGGUAUAGUUGAAGAAAUUGAGCCCAAACCAGAAGAAAGUGCCAAUAAAAAGCAUAUGGAUAAGAAGAGAAAACUGAAGGAGUUGUUUGAUGCAGAAUAUGAUAACGGAGAAAGUACAUACUUUGAUGAGCUUAAAGGAGAAAUGCAUAAACAAGCACAACUUAACCGAGCAGAAUUUGAAGAUCAAGAUGAUGAGACCAGAGUUCAUUAUGAAGGUUUUCGACCUGGGAUGUAUGUCCGGAUUGAGAUAGAAAACGUUCCCUGUGAAUUUGUACUUAACUUUGACCCUCACCAUCCAGUUAUUCUGGGUGGUUUGGGCACUAGUGAAGGCAAUGUUGGAUAUGUACAGAUGCGUCUGAAGAAACAUCGGUGGUAUAAGAAAAUCCUGAAGUCUCGAGACCCGGUCAUUUUUUCUGUAGGUUGGAGGCGGUUUCAGACCAUUCCACUUUAUUAUAUUGAAGACCACAAUGGAAGACAAAGGCUUCUAAAAUACACCCCAAAGCAUAUGCAUUGUGGCGCAGCAUUUUGGGGUCCUGUCACACCACAGGGGACUGGGUUUUUGGCACUACAGUCUGUUAGUGACAUGAUGCCUGAUUUCCGGAUAGCUGCAACAGGAAUUGUCCUUGAUCUGGAAAAAUCCAUAACAAUUGUGAAGAAAUUAAAACUAACUGGAUUUCCAUAUAAAAUUUUCAAGAAUACUUCAUUUAUUAAGGGAAUGUUUAAUUCUGCCUUGGAAGUGGCCAAAUUUGAAGGUGCUGUGAUUCGAACUGUCAGUGGAAUAAGAGGACAAAUAAAGAAAGCUCUCCGGACUCCAGAAGGAGCAUUCCGGGCCACAUUUGAGGAUAAGUUGUUAAUGAGUGAUAUUGUUUUCAUGCGAACUUGGUAUCCUGUGUCCAUUCCAACCUUCUAUAAUCCAGUCACAUCUUUAUUGAAACCAGUGGGUGAGAAAGACAGCUGGUCAGGAAUGAGGACAACAGGUCAACUCAGACUUGCACGUGGUAUCAGACUAAAGCCAAGCAAGGAUUCUUUGUAUAAGCCUAUAGUGAGGCAAAGGAAACAUUUUAAUUCACUGCACAUUCCAAAAGCCUUGCAGAAAGCUCUGCCAUUUAAGAACAAACCCAAGACCCAAGCAAAGGCAGGCAAGGUGCCAAAAGACAGACAGAGACCAGUCGUCAUACGGGAGCCUCAUGAACGGAAGAUCCUUGCAGUGCUGGAUGCUCUGAGUACAGUGCACAGUCAUAAGGUGAAGAAGGCCAAAGAGCAACAGCAUCUGCAGAAUAAAGAGCACUUCAAAGUGAAACAAAAGGAAGAGGAGGAGAAACGGACACAGCAGAAAGAACUCAGGAAGAAGAUAUUCCGAAUUCAGGGUCAGAAGGAAAGGAGAAAUAAAAAGUCCAGCCUGAAAGGGUAUGAGGAGCAGUUGAAGUGAGUCUCCAAGAUGAGUAGGAUGUCAUUGGGAUGUUUGUUUUUUUAUUAAAGAAGGAUUGUUUUAAACCUUAAUAAUACUUGUAAAUAACAAGUCAGGUCACUUGAGCCCAAGAAAGACUAUGCCUUUACAGUAAAAAAUGAGAAAGACUCCUAAUAUGAACAUCUUUUCUCAAGAUUAUAUAGAGAUAAAACAAUGAUACAAUUUAUCAGUUUUCUCUAGCUGCUUAAAUGUUUUUUGGAUGUAUGCUACCAAAUUACUAUUAAAAUAUUUCUUUAAAAAAUUUGUCCUAGUGGUUUCCAUUAGGAAUGAAUGCCUUAAAAACUUGAUUAUGGAUAAUCGCAUUCUCUACAACUACAUUGUAGGUCUUGCAGAAGAAAGAAAAAUAUUAACUCAAAUCCUCAACUUGAGAGUAAAUUUAAUAGAGGAGAGUAUAUGGUCAUUUUUGGUUUUUGCCCAAU